AUGCAGAAAUGGGCCCCAGAUGCAUUCCCAGAAAAUUAUUUCGCUUUUGGCGUGCUGGCGGCUGUUCAGGAUGAGCACGGCUUGUCCAAUGCUAAGUUCGCUUGGAGGGAUCACUGGUACCCGGUUUCUUUGAUCAAAGAUUUGGACCCUCUGCUCCCUACCCCGUUUCAGCUUUUGGGUCGAGAUCUCGUGCUUUGGUUCGACAGGUUUGCUUGUGAAUGGGUCGCUUUCGACGACAAAUGCCCCCACCGCCUCUCGCCCUUAUCUGAAGGGCGGAUUGAUGAAGGUGGCAACUUGCAGUGUUCAUACCAUGGUUGGUCAUUUGAUGGCUGUGGAUCUUGUGCAAGGAUCCCUCAGGCUUCAUCUGAAGGUCCUGAAGCUCGUGCUGUUAAGUCUUCAAGAGCAUGCGUUACGAAGUUCUCUACCAUGCAGUCACAAGGUCUACUCUUUGUUUGGCCGGAUGAGAAUGGAUGGGAAAGAGCACAAACUACCAAGCCUCCGAGGUGUUUGAUUAUGUUCAUAUCUGCAAUCUGCUUCCAAUUAUUUUGA